GCAUAAAUCACCUAAAGUCUCGUCGCUGUCAUGACGGUGUGAAAGUAAUUUUCUGACUCGCUAUCAGUGCUGCUGGUCCAACAAAGACAUGGACGCAAAAACGUUCCUGUUGCUCCUCGCUUUAUUCACUUCAGUGUUUCAAGAGGCACUGCUUAGAAAACAACGUGGACAAAGUCGGAAACAAGCAUUGUCUUCCUCGCGGCAAAACAUUAUAAAAUGCUGUGGAAAGAAAUCGUGCUUGAAUUUUGUUGGAAAAAAGAAGGUCAUGCCAAAAGGCAACUCCUCUACCUUGGAAGGUCAUCCUUCAAUUUUGACAGAACGGAAACUUGUGUCUGGAACUCCGAUUCCUGUAGAAGUAGGGCAAUCAGAAAGCAUCGGCUUUACUGAUGCUUUGCAAAGUGAAGAACCAAGCUCGGAUUCCUCAACUCCAGUGCUCUCAACGGAAACCUCAGCUUCGGGUUCAGCUGCAUCAAAUCAAGCGUCGUCCCAAAUGACCAGAUCUGACCCUGGUUUCUCUACCGGAGUUUCUCUCAGUGAAAUUUACAAUGGACUUACGUUUCCGUUGGAAAAUCUCACAGAUUCUUCAACAACUUAUGCCCCAAACUCGUACACGACUAUAGCUGAUCCUGGCAGCCCUACAGUUUUGAAUUUCAAUCUUGAAGCCCAAAAUCAGACCCAAUCAGCUAAUUCAAUAACUAAUUCUACUGAAAAUAGCAACGCUUCUGUUACCAACCUUGCAACUCAAAAUCAGACUCAAUCGAUUACGGUGAUCGAAGAAAUCACUCCUGAGAUGAGUUCGGAAAACGUUACCGAUCCAGUUGUAGAAGAAGCGCCACCUGAGGUUGUUGUACCUGAGGACGACUCAUACUCUUCUUUGACAGGCGAGUUUGGCCCUGCCUAUGAACAGGCCUGUGAUAAAAAUGUAUCACUUUUUGGGCCAGACGGACAGCUAAUUGACGCAGAUGAUUAUGGCUCUUGGGAGACCACUUGCGACGGCCUUUAUCUCUUUGGCAGUACAGUGUUGAAUUGGGACGAAAAUUUUCGGAUGUGCUGUAGUUUGGGAAUGCUUCCUUUGAUGGUUGAAAACGCGUGGAAACGUUCUUGCUUGCAAAAAUUCAUCGAUGGGCCAAACUGGAAACACAGUUCCAUGUACUGGACGACAGGGAAACGGAUGGACAAAACAUCAUUUAUGUGGUAUGACAAGCGUGCGAAUUUCAGCACAAAUAUGUGGAAAGCGGGGCAACCAAACAACGUCAAUGGAUCAGAAAACUGCGUCAUGCUUCGGAUUUUCAAAUUUGACAAUUACUCCGUCAAGCUCGAGGACCUUAACUGUCAGAGACUUGCAGUAUUUUCUUGUGUUGGGCAAACCACACCUGCGCCAAAAUGCAGCUUUCCAACUUGCCCCCAGAUUAAUUGCACAAAAAACGAAUCCGUUUUCACCAGCUUUAAGGAAAAUCCCGCCACUUAUUUAACAGAGCCAAAAAAUCAUGGGUUCUGGCUUGAAAUUAAUUACAGGACAUUUAUGUUUAGUUUUGCAAAUGACCUGCGUUCGUAUGAAGAUGCAUUGCAAGCAUGUUGUUCAAUUGAUUUCAAACUUUUGAGUCUCCACCAAGCAUACAAAUUUAACUCAAUUGGAGCUGCUUUCAAAAACCUAUCAAUCAAGGCAGGCAAAUUUUGGACUUCAGGAAGCGACGCUGGUUGUUCAGGACAGUUCGGUUUCUGCGCCACAAACAGAACUUUGAACUUGAAUGAAACAAUCUGGAUGCCAAAUCAACCGGACAAUUCAAACAAAAAUGAGCAUUGCCUGGCAGUAAAUUCAAACAACUUUGUGGCUGCUUUGAGUGACGAACCGUGCGAGCAAAAAUUUCGAUACAUUUGUGAGGGAAGAUCCAGCACAAGGGUUAAAGCAAUCGAACUGGAAUGUGCAGCUGCAUUUCAACUUACAGAUGCGGAAAUGGGUCUUGCGUUUUUAAAUCCAAAUGCCAAUACAAAAUUCAGGUGUUUCAUAAGUUGCUACAGUGAAAAUGCAAAUUUGUACCAAAAUGGCAAAAUGAAUGGACCCAAAAUUUUGCCAUUUAUUCCAGUUGUUUCAAAAGGAAACGACUCUGCAAUGAAAGAAUCGUAUGAUACAAUUGGCCAAUGCAGUCAAUCAAGCAAGUCUCUAUCUGGCUGCAACAGAGUUUCCAAUUUUGGUGCUUGUAAUCUUCAGAAAUCUCCAAAUCAAACAAUGAAACUCGCUAAUGCUGUGGAAGUUACUCUAACUGAAAAGAAGUCCUGGUUGCCCCCAAAGUUGGAAUCUUUGUGUCCCAAUGAUUAUUCAAUAGCUCUAAACGAAGGCUACAAGGAUGUUGUGGAUUCACUCAUAAAUAGUCAAGCAUCCCUCGCAACAUAUAGACUUGUCGUUAAGACCGUGUGUGGAAGGAAAUUUAUGCUGAUGUCAAUUGAAACUGCACCCUUGUUAACCACUUUAGCCCAAGCCAUGUCAGAAUGCGCUAAAUUUGGACUCCGGCUUGCUACAAUCGACACAAAAGUCAAACUAGACUGCAUGAUUUUAAACAAAAUAUCUGUGGACAUUAAAUUUCCAACAUACAUAGAAAAGUCCUACGCAAUUGCUGCAAUUCAGAACAAGCCUCUUCUGGCCAAAAACUGUUUCUCAGACAUUCCUUUUGGAUUAGGAAGCUGGAUUGCUAACAACUUAACUGUCUCCAAUGGGCCGUUUAUUUUUGUGAAUUUUAUUAGAAAAUUUGCUUAUUCUGCAGGUGGCGGAAUCAAGCACCUGAUUUGUGAAACCAUUUGAUUUAAAUUAUAUUUAAUUUCAUA